AUGCCCAAUAAACCCCACAAGUGGGGGUUCAAAUUAUAUCUCAUCUGCAGUCUACAAGGAUAUGCUCAUAGAUUUGAGGUUUACAGUGGAGGGGGCUCCAAAAAUAACAUCUUACCUGGUGAGCCAGAUUUGGGAGAGUCUGGAAAUACAGUCGUCAGGUUAGCUAGAAUGGUACCACGCAAUGUGAAUCACAUUAUAUACUUCGACAACUUCUAUACUUCUGUGCCUCUCGUCACCUAUUUAGCUAAGGAAGGAAUUUUCUCACUGGGAACAGUAAGAGUAAACCGAUUGAGAAACUGCAAAUUGCCUGACAAAAACACUAUAAUGAAAAAGAACGUACCCAGAGGAUUCUAUGAGGAAAACGUGGCGACUGUGGAUGAUAUUGACGUAAGUGCUGUUGUGUGGAAAGAUAACAAGCCCGUUAACCUUCUUUCCACUUACGUAGGAGCAGAACCAGCAACCACAGUCACGCGCUUUGAUAAAUCGAAGAAAGAGAGAGUUGCUAUUCCAUGCCCCAAAGUCAUCAAGGAACUAGAACUUGCCGAAACCCUCUGCAAAUUGGGUCUACCUGCAAAUGGCGCUAAACGUGGUCGACCUAGUGGGAGCACAAUACAAAGAGAACUUGUAACGAAGAAGUUCCGAGGACCAGCUCAAGCAAUUCCUUUGAAAGACGUCAGAUUGGAUCAGACAUGUCAUUGGGCAGUUUGGCUGGAUAAGCAGCAGAGGUGCAAAUUCCCGAAAUGUUCAGGAUUUACGUUCAAAAUGUGCCAAAAAUGUCGUGUAUCUUUAUGUGAUACGAAAAAAAGCAAUUGUUUUUAUAAAUAUCAUAAUUUAGAAUAA